AUGACGACAGCUCCUUUCCUCGUUGGAAAUCGACGGCGACAACUCCAAUUGUUGACGACAGCUCCAUUCCUCGAUCCAGGUUAUAAACACGCCAUUCCUCGAUCCAGCUUCAAUAAUGAUUUCAUUGCAAACUUUACUGAGUUAUUUUAUGUACAACUAUCAACUGAUUUUGUGGUUAUAAACACGUCUUACUUGAAUGUUUAUAUGUUUGUGAAUGGAAUAAGGACUUAUGAGGACACCAAUAUGAUUCGAACUCUAAGGGCUUUGGGGCUUAAAAUUGAAAUCCUUUACUNGCAAAAGGAGAAAAUAUUUAGAAGUAUCCAAGAUACUGGUGGUGAUUGGUCUCUUCUUCAACAUCUUUUGGGAUGUUGCCUUCUGGCACAAGCACAAUGUGGAUUACCUGGAAUUCUUAAAGAGAAGAAAGUCACUGAAGCUGUUCGUUGUUUCUUCAGAGCUUCAUCUGGACAAGGAGCUUGUGAGGCUUUGCAAAGUUUAUCUCACAAAACAGGGUUGCCACAUCUUGGUUUAAAUGGUUGUUUGUCAUCUGCUGCAUGGAAGCUUCAUUACUAUCAAUGGGCAAUGCAGAUAUUUGAGCAAUAUAAUAGUAGUGAAGGUUCUUGCCAGUUUGCUCUUGCUGCACUUGAGCAAGUUGAUGAAGCUGUUGGUCCAGAAGAUGAUUGUUAUGGUGGAAAUCCACAAAAUGAAUCAGCCACUACUAUCAAAGGGCGACUUUGGGCGAAUGUCUUCAAAUUUACUUUAGAUCUUAAUCUUUUACAUGAUGCAUACUGUGCAAUAAUUUCAAAUCCUGAUGAGGAGAGCAAAUACAUCUGCCUGAGACGUUUUGUUAUAGUUCUCUACGAGCGCAAAGCAACAAAGUUUCUUUGUGAUGGUCAACUACCCUUCAUUGGUUUAGCAGAGAAGAUUGAACGAGAGCUUGCCUGGAAGGCAGAACGUUCAGAUGUCUUGGCGAGACCAAACCCAUAUAAGUUGCUUUAUGCAUUUGAAAUGCAAAGGCAUAACUGGAGAAGGGCAGCUACUUACAUAUACCUGUAUUCUGCUCGUUUGAGAAAUGGACCACUUCCAAAAGAUCACCAGCAGAUUUUAUUGGUGCUUCAAGAGAGGCUGAAUGGGCUUUCUGCAGCUAUCAAUGCCCUGCAUCUUGUUCAUCCUACAUAUGCUUGGAUUGAUCCUUUGCUUGGGCAAACUUCUUUUCAAAAUGAGAAUUAUCCUAGUAAAAAGGCUAAAAAGAUGGUAAAAGAACAAUUGGCUGGCAAUGAUAUUCAACCUCAAAGGCUGCAUUCAUAUAUAGAUAUUCAGAAACUUGAGAAAGAGUUUGUGCUAACUUCGGCUGAAUACUUACUCUCAGUGGAAAAUGUCAAAUGGACAUUUAAUGGAAUUGACAAAGCCCCAUUAGAUUUGGUUGAUCUGCUGGUCCAGAAAAAUUUGUAUGAUAUGGCAUUUACAGUUCUUUUAAACUUUUGCAAGGGUUCAAGAUUGAAGAGUGAAUUGGAGAGAGUUUUCUCUGCUAUGUCAUUAAACUGUUGUCCGAGUAAAGCAGGUUCCUCUUAUAGCGGGACUCCCAGUCUCUUGCUUACAUCAUCAAAAGAUGAAGUGGUUGUUCAUGGUUCUCCUGAUAACAUACCGACCACUAAACAACACAAGGCGAAUGGUCAAUGGGAAACCCUGGAGCUCUAUCUUGAAAAAUAUAAAGAUUUCCAUGCUGGAUUACCAGUAGUUGUUGCUGAGACACUUCUUCGCAUGGAUUCAGAGAUUGAGUUGCCUCUAUGGUUGGUUCAUAUGUUCAAGGAUGGUCAAAGAGAUAGGACCAAGGGUAUGACUGGCCAAGAAUCAAGUCCUGCAUCCUUGUUUCGACUAUAUGUUGAUUAUGGUCGAUAUACAGAGGCAACAAAUUUGCUGCUGGAGUACAUAGAGUCAUUUGCGUCAAUGAGACCAGCUGACAUUAUUAAUAGGAAAAGACCAUUUGCUGUUUGGUUCCCAUACACAACAAUAGAGCGUCUAUGGUGCCAACUCGAGGAUAUGACCAGGUUGGGUCACAUGGUUGAUCAGUGUGAAAAGCUAAGAAGGAUACUACAUGGAGCUUUGCUGAAACAUCUCAAGCUGCAAAAGGUGGACUCAGACGACGCAAUUUUUUCUGCAUCCGGUUAAAAGAAAUGUCAACAAGUAGAUUUGACAGAGCAAUCAGUUUCAGUAGUGAGGCAUGUUUAUAUAUGUAAUAUUUGGUAUUUGCAGUUGCUGUAAAUUGUCUGAGCGAAUUCAAGAAUUAUUUAGUUAUUGCAUAGAUAUGAUUGCUGAUUGGAGGGUGGUAAAGAUGGCUAGCUAAUAGAUGCUUUGGCCAUCACAAAGACAAGGAUCUUGAGCCUUAGGUUGACUGCAGAGUUCAUCGAAGUUGUACAGUUGGAGAUCUUUUAUUUUUGUCUGUGUAUUAUGUUUCAUGAACAUUAACUCCCUAAAGUGUUUACUGUUGUAGCUCGAAUUUUGUACUAGAUGUAUGACUUUGGCAUGCCAGAUUACAUGGAAAAAUAUCUUGAUAUGAUUGAUCAA